GUUUAAUUAUAAUCAACAUUUCUAAUUGCAUUAGUGAUUCGAUUUAAUUUAAGGUGUAUAAGAGUGUUUUUGUGUUCUGUUUCUUUUGAUUGGUUAGGUGCAGCUGGCAUUGGAAAUGAGAGUCACGAAAGUAGUUAGUAUUGACCUUUCUGGAAAUCCUGGGGAUUGGUACUUCCUCAUUCGAAGAUCUGCAAUAAUGGUCUACCAUAUAAAGUUUGAAUUGGACUAGCCGGACUGUUUUACUUCAGCAGUUACUAAACUGAAUCAUUGAAAUUGUUUUAGUUUGUCUUGAUUUGUAUUAUUGAAUGCCUUACGACUAUUCAUUUGUAGUUUCUGAAUGUAUCAAAUCUUCGUAGUUUGUGUACUUCAUCUAUUUAGGUAGAUCAUCAGUAGGAAUAAGGGAUAAGGGAGAAGGGAGAUAAAUGCAUUACCAAACCACUUUCAUUAUAUUGCUGACCAAUUCUUAGUCAUGUUUACUUUUAGUUUCCUUUGUUCUUGCAAACAUCCGAUGAACAACUGUAGAAUUUCAUGUUGCAGAUGGGAUUGUAUGGCUCAAGUUAUCUUGCCAUACUGUCAAGCACUAGAGAAGUUCGCUCCUCAUAUCCAACAGUUUAGCAUGGAGAGAAAAGGGAAGGGUGUAUCAAUUGACGGUGUUCCUUUUCCUUUCGAGGCAGCCGAAAUUGAUUUUGGUGAGCCAGAUUCGAACGGCCAACACAGCUUUUACCAGCUAAUUCACCAGGGCCGCGUGAUUCCUUGUGAUUUUAUUGGUGUUGUUAAGAGUCAACAACCUGUGUACCUGAAAGGUGCUACCCUAACAACAGUUCCCUUAAGAGUAAAUGUCUUAUCAAAAGGCUUAUCUUACAAAGAACUGUAAUUAUAUUUUUAUAAUGGGUCACUCAGCCUUCUAAUUCCUUCUUUGAACGCGCUGGACAUGUUUAUCACCAAUUGAGCUUUAGGCUUAUCCAAUUCUUAGUUUUUUGCAAUUUUUAACAUCUUAAAUUAUAAGUUGUUUGAAGUUAUGUAAUAUUUGCUUUUAUCUGUAUGUGUAACAUAGCUUUUUAUUUUUUUAUGUUACUUUCAAUUGUUGCCUAAGUGAGUUGUAAUACAUUGAUAUACUGUACUUUUGUCAUAUUCUUCCUGA